AUGAGUUCUACAGACUUUCACUCUAAUCAUUAUCCUGAUUCCUAUGUGCCAUUCAAUGGAGUAGGUCGCUGCGUUGAGCAUCGCGGGUCUUGUCUACCUGCUCUUCGUCAGACCUCUCAUCUCACCCCUUUCUCGGCUUCCGGGCCCACAGAACGAGAGUAUACUUUUUGGAAACCUGGGCGUGGUAGAGGUGUACGCCAAUGGCAUAAAGAUUUCGGGCCCACUCUGCGUUUUCGAGGUAUGUUCGGUCGCGUUCAAUUGAGCACUAUUGAUCCCAAGGCUCUCAAUCACAUCUUGAUCUCGCGCGCGUACGCUUACCCUAAACCGGAUACAAUACGUCGUGGCCUUGGUGGUGUGCUUGGUCAUGGCUUGAUCUUUGCUGAAGGGGAAACUCACAAACGACAGAAGCGUUUAUUAGGACCAACGUUUUCUCCUGUGCAAAUCAGAGAACUAGCUCCCGUCGUAUACAAGUACACCUAUUUGCUGAGAGACAAAUGGGCCGAUAUAAUCCGUAGCUCUCAAGAACCCUAUGUUGUCAUCAACGUCCACGCCUGGCUGAGCCGUGCUACUUUGGACAUCAUCGGCUCAGCUGGUUUUGGAUACCACUUCGGAGCUUUGGAAGGGGACAUGAACAGUAGCGAAAUGGGAAAAGCCUUCCACUAUCUAAUAAGCUAUCUCUACGACAGGAGACUGAGCUCCAAGAGUCGCACCCCUCCAAAGAUGCUUAGGGACAAUAUACUUCAGAGCAUCCCGUCUUCCUUGCGGCUGUAUAAACCAAUCUCAAUGAAACUCAUUGAGGAAUCAUUGAAAACCCUGGAACGUGAAAGCAGCGCGGUUUUCUCUAAAAAGAGGAAAGAGGCUGAGGCCGGAGGUGUUCUUGGCGACAAGGACCUGAUAAGUGUCCUUCUUCGUGCGAAUGUAAUGGCUGAAGGGAAGGAAUGUUUAAGAGAUGAAGAAGUAAUUGGACAGGUAUGCAGGAUAUAUUGGAGCAUAAGUUUCAACCAGAGUAGACUUACUCACCAUUUGGCUUGGAAUUCUACCCAAAAUCAGAUGACCACCUUCCUAUUAGCCGGACAUGAGACCACUGCUACUGCACUCACCUGGUUGUUGUGGACUCUGGCAAAGCAUCCUGACGUCCAGAAAAGGUUGAGAAGGGAACUUCAAGAGGCAAGAGUAGUAACCAGUGAUGCGCCUUCAAUCGAUCUAAAUUUUGGACCGGAUGCAGACGUAUUCCGGCCAGACAGAUGGCUUGAAAAAGGUCAAGUGAAUGCUCUACCUGGAUUUUGGUCAGGCUUGAUGACCUUCUUAGGGGGACCAAGGGCAUGUAUUGGAUAUCGCUUCUCACUGAUGGAAUUGAAAGUGAUACUUGCAGUAAUCAUAUGUCACUUUCAUUUUGAUGAACGCAACGGUUUGGGCUGUGGACCAGAAUUUGAAGGUCGAAUAAAUGUGGUCAUGCGACCGCAAGUCAAAGGUGAAAAGCGGGGGCUAUCAAUGCCUUUGCGUGUUGGUUUAGUUGAAGUGCCAUGA